AUGGUGGGCGAAUGGAUUGAGCAAGUGACUAGCUGCGGCCUCGUGCUCUACUGGCGGAUGACAAAAUGCCCGGACGGAUUCAGAUCAGGAUUCAGGCCCAACAAUCAGGUUAUGAAGCGGGCUUUUCUACAGCGAUCAAGGCCAAGAAUUAUUGCCGGAAUCAUCCACCUGCCUACUUUGCUUAGCGAAAUUCCACUUGUGCUUCCGCCGUCUUCGGAUCUUGUCCCUGACCAUAUGCAGAUGCCGGUCUUUUUGCUUAUUCUCUUGAAUUCUGAGGCUACCUGUUACUUUGACCUGGUUGGCAAAAUGUCACGAUCCACGGUACAGUAAAGAGUGGAGGAAGUUGGUUGUCUAAUUUCGAGAUUUACAAUCACGAAACCAAGAAUGCAAAAAAAAGGGCAAGGAAAAGGAAU